AUGGAGAUGGACAUCUAUGCCCGGGAGCUGGCUGCUCCCCAUUCGCAGAACACGACUUACGUAUCCCCUUAUACUCGGGGCCUUCUCGGUGUCAGAGUCAGUCUUGAUCAUCUCGUCACCGUGCUGCUCGGUGGCUCUAUCGGGAUAGCAUGUUUGAUCAUCCUCAUCGUCCGCUUCACCCAGAUGUCCCAUGCGUAUCUACGACAGGUCACCUCCGCCACCGGAAACAACAACCAGCAACGCUUCUGGGGUGCUGAGCAGUCGACGCUAUGGUCAGAUAUCAAGAAACACGUCCUCUAUGCUCCUCUAGGAAGCAAACGACAUAACCGCGAGUUCAAGCUCUCUGAGGCCGUCAACGUCGGCACCUUGCCAUCCAGAUUCCACUCAGUGCUGCUGAUAUGCUACCUCCUCAGCCAAAUCGCCUACUGCUCGGUCCUCGAUUAUCGUGCCAACAACAAAGCCGCGCUGGUCGCUGAGCUUCGAGGCCGAUCGGGGAAUUUGGCCCUCUUGAACAUGAUCCCCCUGUUUAUUCUGGCCGGUAGGAACAACCCGCUCAUCCCAUUGCUGCGUGUUUCCUUUGAUACGUACAAUCUCAUUCAUCGAUGGCUCGGUCGGAUCGUGAUAAUCGAGUCUGUUGUGCAUACUAUCGCCUGGAUGGUCAACGCAGUGGGAGCGGAUGGAUAUACAAAGAUGUGGCACAGUAUCUGGCAUGAGCCCUUUUACACAUGGGGCUUCGCUGCAACUACGGGCAUGGUCUUCAUCCUCGUACAGUCCCCGUCCCCUGUGAGACAUGCCUUCUAUGAAACUUUCCUCCAUCUGCACCAAAUCGGCGCCAUCGUCAUCGUCUUGGGCAUCUAUUUCCACCUGGAUAUUGACAGCCUCCCACAGCUGCCAUGGAUUCAAUUUAUUAUCGGUAUCUGGGGGUUCGAGCGUGCCGCACGAUUCGGUCGGAUCCUCCGCCUCAACAUCUCUCGCCGCAACGGACUUACCCGCGUGGUCGUCAAGGCGCUGCCCGGGGAGGCCAGCAGAGUCACCUUCUACCUACCCCGGACUACCAAGAUCUCACCCGGCAGCCACGUCUACGCCUAUCUCCCACGCGUCUCCCUAUGGAUGUCCCACCCUUUCUCCGUGGCAUGGGCCGAACAGGGCUCCAGCUCGCUGCCCAAGUCUCCCAAGACGGACAAGUUCAGCGACUCCUCCAAGGCCGCCACUCUUGCUCGGAAACCAUCCACAAUGUCAUCAUCUACCGCCCACUCAGCUGACCUCGAAAAAGGCCAUGGCCGGAAUGCUGAACUCGCCACAGACGGCUCCCAGCCAACAUGUGUCUCCCUCAUCAUGGCCGCGCGUACAGGCAUGACCCGCAAACUGUACAAUGCCGCGCUGGCCUCGCCAAACCUCACACUAGAGACAACUGGCUUCAUCGAGGGACCCUAUUCCUCCCACCCUUCUUCGUUUGGUAGCUAUGGCACCGUAGUCCUCUUCUCUGGUGGUGCAGGAAUUACCCAUCAUCUGAUGCAUGUUCGCGACCUACUCGCUGCCGCCGACGCAGGCACCAUAGCCACACGUCGUAUAUACCUUAUCUGGUCCGUUCGUACCACUGAGCAUCUCGCCUGGGUCCGUGGAUUCAUGGACUCGAUACUACAUAUGCCCAACCGCCGGGACGUCUUGGUAACCAAAUUAUUCGUCAGCAAACCCAGAAGCCAACGUGAAAUCCAGAGCCCGAGCACCACACUCCAAAUGUUCCCUGGUCGGUGUCGGCCCGACGUGGUACUUGAGGAGGUGCUGGCCGAUCCGGUUGGAGCUACUGGUGUAAGCGUCUGUGGCCCCGGGGCCUUUGCAGACGAGGUUCGUUCCAGUGUAAGAAAGCGGAUUGGCAAGGGCCAAGUUAUCGAUUUUGUCGAAGAGGCGUUUACUUGGUGA